GGGGCCGAGCAGGGUGGCGUCACGCACCAGGGCGGAGCCACACUAUGCAGCAGCGCAAAGAAGAGCGAGAGGCAGCGCGCUGGAAUUUGGCCACAGAGAUUCGCAUGCAUGACAACUCUUCCGAUGGCAAUAUGGAUUGACACAGCGCCCAGUGAGAUAUAACAGAGGAGGAAGCGGCCACACAGGAGUGUGUCUGGCUGUGUGUGGGUUUCCACCACUCCUGUUACUUCAACACACACACACAUAAAUAUCUUGCCAAAAUGUCACAGAGGGAACGGCCAUGGUCGGUGUACAGGUCGAACACUUUCGAGCUUUCCUCAGAGAUGCUUGGACUAGCAUUGGAAGGAAACAGUCAAGAUCCAGAUGAGCCAGUACUGGAGUUCAGUCUUGUCUGCAGUGAGCUGACCACACCGUCUCUAGACCGCAAACCCAACAGUUUUGUUGCUGUGAGCUGUACCACACCUCCUCAGGCUUUCUGGACCAAACAUGCACAGACAGAAAUCAUUGAGGGUACAAAUAGUCCCAUGUUCCUCAGCAGUGUGGCUUUCUUCCAAGACUCCCACAUUAACCAGCACACACAGGUCAAGCUGUCCGUGUACGAUGUAAAAGAUCGCUCACAAGGAACGAUGUACCUUCUUGGAUCAGCGAUGUUCCCAGUGAAAGAUCUUCUGCUGGAAAAGAACCACAGACUAAACUUACCUCUCAGGUCAGCAGAAAACAAGCAUGUGGGUAGUAUUACAGUCAUUGCCUGGCAGCUAGAGGAAAAGAGAGAUCAGCAUACACCAAUCAAACAACUACAAGACACCAUCAAUGGCAGGACUGUCCUCCCUGUGGAUGAGAGUCUGACAGAAUCUGUGGGAGUCCGUGCGAAAUACGCCUCUCUGUGGAAAGACUCCUUUCUACGAUCCGUGUUUGGUGGCACCAUGUCGCGCAUGUACCGUUUUCCAACCACUGAUGGGAAUCAUUUACGGAUCCUGGAACAGAUGGCUGAGAGCGUCCUGUCACUUAACAUCCCACGACAGUUCGUCAAAUUAUUACUGGAAGAGGAUUCCUCAAGAGUAUCUGAGCUGGAGGAGUUGGGGGAGUUAUCACCAUGUUGGGAGAAUCUGAGACGGCAAAUCGUGACGCAGUACCAGAGCAUCCUUCAGACCUAUCAAGAUACACUCACAGACCUGCAGGACUACAAAGGUCCAUCAUUUAAAGCCAGUAAUCUGAAAGCAGAGAGGAAAUUGGAAUUUAUGCCUACCAACCUCCAUGUGCAGAGAAUGAGGGUUCAGGAUGAGUCUGGCUGUGAUCACACCUAUGAUGUGGUUACGAUCGGGGCCCCUGCAGCUCACUGCCAGGGCUUCAAAAAUGGUGGUUUGCGGAAACUCUUACAGAAAUUUGAGGAGGCAAAAAAAGUCAUUUAUGAGGAGGAAUGCAGUGCGUUGUCCAGCUCCCAGUCCAUCGUCUACAUCCCUCAGGAUAUCGUCCGUGCCAAAGAGAUCAUCUCCCAUAUCAACACACUCAAGACUCAGGUCAGCUACUACGCUGAGCGUCUGUCUCGCGCUGCUAAAGAACGCUCCGCUAACGGCAUGGAAAGAACCCUUGCCAUCCUUGCGGAUAAGACACGGCAGCUGGUGAUGGUGUGUGACUGUAAACUGCUGGCAUCUGCAGUGCAGGCCUUGAACGCCGCUAGACCAGAGUACAUCGCCUCUAAAAACUCACCCUCUGCUGACUCAGAGCAGGUGGUGCUGAGGAAUGAUCAGGACACACUACUGGCCAAAUGGAGCGGCAGGAACAGUCGUUCAUCCCUCCAAGUUGAUUGGCAUGAGGAAGAGUGGGAAAAGGUGUGGGGGAAUGUUGACAAAAGUCUGGAGUGUAUCAUCCAGCGAGUGGACAAACUGCUGCAGAGGGACCGUCUGCACAGCAGCAGCAGUGAGGACAUGUUCCAGUCUGACCAACACAGUAGCAGCAGUAAGAAAGGUAAUGGGAAAAGAAAAGCCUUCUGGAUCAACCCUGUCUGCAUGGAGGAGCCUUCCUCAAUCUCUGAACCACAACAGCAGUCACCUUCACCAUCACCGUCAUCAUCAUCACCUUCAUCUUCAUCGCCUGAUCUGAACCCUGCAUGCCCUGUUAAUUCAGAAACGCAUGCCUAUGGCAGCAGCAGCAGUGGAGAGGAGAGUUACCCAGGUGAGUGGAGCGAGGCCUUGUAUCCCCUCUUGACGACCCUAACGGAGUGUGUGGCCAUGAUGAGCGACAAAGCCAAGAAGUCGAUGGUUUUCUUGCUCAUGCAAGACAGCGCACCCACCAUCGCAAUGGACCUCAACCUGCAGUACCGCCGAGAUGUGGUCUUCUGCCAGACUCUCACAGCACUAAUUUGUGGCUUCAUCAUCAAACUGAGAAACUGUCUCCGUGACGACGGUUUCCUGAGACAGCUUUACACCAUCGGUCUGCUCGCUCAGUUCGAAUGCCUAUUAAGUACUUAUGGAGAGGAGUUAGCUAUGUUAGAGGACAUGAGCAUAGGAAUAAUGGACCUUCGGAAUGUGACGUUCAAGGUGACGCAGGCCAUCUCUACCUCUUCCCCCGACAUGCUGCCAGUGAUCACCGGAAAUCGAGACGGGUUCAACGUUCGCAUCCCACUCCCGGGAAGCAUGUUUGAUGCUUUGCCAAGGGAGAUCCAGAACGGCAUGCUGCUGCGGGUACAGCCGGUGCUGUUCAACGUGGGCAUCAACGAGCAGCAAACACUCGCUGAGAAGUUUGGAGACACGUCGCUUCAGGAACUCAUCAACGUGGAGAGCCUAGCACGUCUUAGCUCUUACUACCAGCAGUUCAAAGAGGUUUUACCUGAUGACUGUCUUCCUCGCUCUCGUAGUCAGACGUGUCUCCCAGAGCUGCUGCGAUUCCUUGGUCAAAAUGUUCAUGCUAGGAAAAAUAAAAAUGUAGACAUCUUGUGGCAGGCUGCCGAGAUUUGUCGGCGACUGAAUGGAGUGCGUUUUACCAGCUGCAAAAGUGCCAAGGACCGCACUGCUAUGUCAGUAACUCUGGAGCAGUGUUUGAUCCUGCAGCACGAGCACGGCAUGGCCCCACAGGUCUUCACCCAGGCCCUCGACUGCAUGCGCAGCAUUGGGACCAGGGAGGGGGUAACUCAGAAGAACCUGAGUGGCUUAUUGCCCAUACGUGACUUCAGGCUGGACCCCAGUCUGCUCUACUCUCUGCCCCUUCUGGCCCUGAGCCCAAACCUGCUCAUCGUCUGGGUGUUCCUCAGCAUAGCCUACCUGCUGGCCAAACUCCGCUGCAGCUGAGCCUGAAACCCCCUUUUUCCGUUUUUCUUUCUCUCUUUCCCUCGCUCCGGCUAUCUCAGCACUUUCUUUCUCUGUUUUUCUGUUUCUUCCUCUUCUGGGUGAGGAGCUGUGUGCAGACAAUGCUAAAUUCUUUCUGGUUGAUUCAGCUCUUCUCUCUAACUAACAGCCAGUCUAAAGGUCUUUGUGUUCAUUUCUGCCUUACCUCUCUCUCUCUCUCUCUCUCUCUCUCUCUCUCUCUCUCUCUCUCUCUCUCUCUCUCUCUCUCUCUCUCUCUCUCUCUCUCUCUCUCUCUCUCUCUCUCUCUGUUUCUGUUCUUAAGUAAUCAUGGAUGAGAAAAGUUUGUACAAUAAUUUGUGACAUAUUACAAAUAUUCUGAUUAUUUUAGAGGGUAAAUUGAAAAUAGAUAUUCAUAUAUAUAUUUAAGACAUUGAUUUAUUUAUUCAAUACUAAUUAUUCUUAUAAUAUUGAACUGUUUUAUUUGUGUUAUUAUGACAACUAUUUUUAGGCACAUGCAUAUAGUGUGCUAGUGGUCAAUUCAAUAUGUAUAUAAUAGAGUGCAUUAGUGCCCGGACACUUUUUCAGUGGUAUUUGUUCCGGAAGUUGUUUUUUUUACCCCAUAGGGAUUUUUAUUUAUUUAUUUAUUUUUAAGUAUUUGUUAAAAUGUUAUAAGCCAUGUACCAAGCCAAGCAGCUGCAAGUUGAAUCACAACAUCAUGAACUUUGAAAAAAGUAUUUGGAAAUGAAACAAGAUAAAGGUACAAAACAAUGUACUUAAUAGCUUUAGUAAGGGAAAGAACUACAAUCCCAUGAAGCAAUGAUUUUAUAUAUAUAUAUAUAUAUAUAUAUAUGUAUAUAUAUGUAUGUAUGUAUAUGUGUGUGUGUGUGUGUGUGUGUAUAUGUAUAUGUAUAUGUACACACACACAAAUAUUAAAGGGAUAGUUCACCCAAAAAGGAAAAUUAACCCAUGAUCUACUCACCCUCCAGUCAUCCUAGGUGUAUAUGACUUUCUUCUUUCAGAAAAAUCUGUUAUAUUAAAAACUGUCCUGGCUCUUACAAACUUUAUAAUGGCAGUGAAUAAAUUAUUUACCUUACAAAUCUGAUGAAAUGGCACACGUUCCCAGAUGAACAACAUGCAGAGAUGGAGGUCGAGAUGCACCACACAUGUCAAUGAUAACAGUUUGUGUAGCAGCAUUUACUGUUUAUGGAGUUGCUCUGAGAUGCAUGUACCUACACGCAUGUAAAUAAUGAAAGUGUGUAUAAUAGCAUAAUAGUAUAAUAGCGUAGCGUUUGUGAAGUCUUAAUAGCAUUAUGCUUUAUUAUGAUUUUUAAAUGGGUUUAAUAUUAAAUAUUAUAUAAUAAUGUUUUUUUUGCCAAUUACUCGACAUGGGCAAAAUGCAAUCAAGGAUUUUUAAAAAUCGAAUACUCAAAUAGCAGUGAAUGGCUGUUGAGAUUUUGGAGUCAAAUAAAGUGCAUUCAUCCAUCCUAAAAAGUGCUCCACAUGGCUCCGGGGGCCUUCUGAAUCAAAUCACUGUGUUUGUGUAGGAAAAAUAUGCUGGUGAACUCCAGCGGAUGACACCACCACUCUCUCGUGAACAUCCAUACAACAGUUAGCGGACGCUAGAAAGUACGGUUUAUAAAGUUUUAAAUAUGAGUAUUUUUCUUACACAAAUGCAUUAAUUUGCUUCAGAAGGCCUUUAUUAACACCCUGGAACUGAGUGGAGUACUUUUUAUGAUAGAGGGAUGCACUUUAUUGCACUGAAAAAUCUUAACACCCAUUCACUGCCAUUAUAAAGCUUGGAAGAGCCAGGACUUUUUUUGUAAUAUAACCCCAAUUGUAUUCGUCUGAAAGAAUAAAGUCAUAUACACCUGGGAUGGCUUAAGGGCGAGUAAAUCAUGGGGUAGUUUUUAUUUUUGGGUGAACUAUUUUGACAACAUAUCGAGACAAUUACAUCAUUUACAGUGCUUUAUGGGAGUGGGCGUUCCCUACAAAUUCUUUUGCCACAAUUUGUUCGCUGUCAGUCUCUAAUUGGUGGAAUUUUCUGUACAAAAUCAUGGGUGAUAUAGUUUUUUCACCAUGAGUUUAGAUUUUUUUUUAAAUAAUGCGAACAGAUGGCUUCAGCAAAAGUAUAUAUGAUUUGAGCUCGAAACACGGUACUUCUGUCUUUAAAGAUUUAUAAGUCAUUGUUCCAAAUUAAUUUCCCUGUGGAGAAAAUGAAUAGGUUUUUUACUUCCGGAACCCGACUGUUGCACUCUAUAAUGAGAUAUUGUUAUUCUGUAACAGUAUCAUGGAAUUUUCCAGUGAUUUUUUUUUUUUGUGGUUGAUUUUUGUUGCGUCUUCCAUGUGUUUCUAUCUAAAUGCAAAGCUAAGGCCUGGCCAGGCCAAAGCUAAUCUCAACUAUCAUCGCACAUGCUUUAAAAAUGUAUUGCACUUUAGGGUGUUAAGUGUCCAUGUCUUCCCAUGUUUGGCUGGAAGAACACAAGUUGCUCUUUUACCAAGAUUGGUCUGCACUAACCUGUUUGCAGCCUUUCCAAUGACACAGUUAAAUUGGGCCAAAUAAGAUUGUAUUUUCAGUCAGGGAAAUCUAAAUAUGCACUUGAGAAUUACUUUUCAUUGAGAUUUUGUUUAAUGUCUAUAAAGAUGUUUUCACUGUCAGCUGGCAGGAGGUUUAUGGCAAUAGGUUUAAUAGGUAUUUUGUGUAAAGGAAUCUUCUGGGUUCAACACAGGAUCUGUUGACCACAUCUGAGGCAUGCAACCCUUGUAAUUUCAGCUUGUCUCUCAAUUUGUAAAAACAACCUUUUUUACAUUAAUGCACUAACGGUGAAAGUCUAUGGUGUAAGACACACAUUAAAAUGUAGAAUUUUGAAAAAGCAACCAUGUACAGCUUCCACUGUAAGUGCAUUACUAUAGAUUUGUUUCUUUAACAGUGUACUAGAUUGAAUUUUUGCUUAUGCUGAAUCUGGAACAGUCUUUUAAGAUGUAUCUGUUUAGACAAAAGCAUCCACAUGCUGCUUUAAGUAAAGGCACUUAUGCAGUAAUGAUGAGUAGAAUGUAUGUUCUCUUACCAAAACAAAUCACUUUGUUUCUUAAUCAUAGCAUACAGGCUGCAAAUCAUCAGAAUUCUUCUCUUCUUUAUAUGUAAAUAUAUAUUUUAUAUGUAAAUGUUUACCAUAAUGAUUGGAAAUGAGAUCAUUUUACAGGAGUCUGUUUAAUUGCGCUUCCCUUUGUGCCAAAAUAGAAGUGGCCUCUCUGUGCUUUGUAAAACUUGUCUGGCCACAUGCCACGGCCAGUACAUCUGCUGUUUACAAGUUAGCACUGCUUGAGCUUACAUGCUUUAAAGAGCUGCCCGUUACAAGAACUUUAAAUAUGAAAAAUAUCCUUCACCAGGCUACAGAAAGUGUGCAGUUCAUCUGACCCACUAAAGAAAUUGACUGUCCCAAAAUAUCUCUGUUUGAGAUGCUGAACGGGUUCAUUUAUAAUGAUGUUGUGGCUCUGUGAGUCUGUUUUUGCUUAGUUUGCUUAAAAAUGACAGAGAUCACUUCCAGAUGUUUUCCUGUUUGUUUUAAAUCAUGUUAAGUAAUGUUUCAAGCUGUUUUCUGAGUAUGAUUAUGUCUUACACAGUAAGCUGGAAAAGAGAUUUGGUGAGUGAGUUUAACGUCUAAGAUAUUGCCGAAGGUUUGGUUGAAUGUUAUUGGUAGGUUUUAACGAAUAGAAUUUAAGGAUAGGUCUCAGUUUGUUUGAUCAUUGGUUUUAAGUAGGGCUGCAUGAUUAUGACAAACAUUAAAAUUGUGAUUGUUUCCCAAGACAUUCUAAUCUCAGUUAUGAAUUUUCUUUGAUAAAAUUUAUAUUAAAGGGGUGCUAUUAUGCUCUUUCACUUUUUGAAUUUUAGUCAGUGUGUGGUGUGUAUCUUUGGGCAUAAAAAAGAUCUACAAAGUUACAAAUCUCAAAGUCCACUCCAAAAGGAGAUAUUUUGUUUUUAAAAAAUCCCUUUUCAAGAACUACAACGAACGGCUCCUUUGGACUACAACAUUUGUUUUCCACGUGCAAUGAUAUCACAACGUGGUCCAUUAGAAUAUCAUUAAAUUAAAUCCCACCCACGGAAAUUCGAAUUGUUGGAGGGAGGGCAGGGACGAGGUGGGGGAUUAGCCUAACUUUAGUGAUGCAGCCUGGAGAACCGCUAAACACAAGCAUUGACUAGAGUGGCCGCUUCAGAGCUGUAACGCGCUGCAGACGUGUGCAGUAUAGGGGGUUGAAACACACUACUCUGGUUGCCGCAUCGGAGCCGUAACGCACCACAGACGUGUGCAGUGUGUGGUAUGAGUGGUAUUUAUCCUGGCACUCCCAAGCUUUAGAACGACAUAGACGAGUGUUUCCCCACAUCAAUCCAAAACAAGUCCAAUAAUAUGCAUCCAUCCAUAAUAAAAAGUGCCUCACACGGCUCUGGGGGGUUAAUAAAGGCCUCCUGUAGUGAAUCGAUGCUUUUUUGUAAGAGACGUAAGAAUCACCUUAAUCUAGCUUGCACUAACAGUUGUACACGGAACUUGCUUCUUUGACAAGGGGUGUGGCAGUACUGAAACACUGUCUAAGCUGUUCGCCAUCGCAACGCAGUGGGACAGCUAACCAAUCGCAACACAUUUAGUUUUUUAGAAGGCGGGCCUUCAUUAAACCCGGAACUAAUCGAGCCUUAUGUCCCAGGCUGGGAGAAAUGUAUUGAAUAAUGUAAAUUAUGCUAAAAAAUUAUGUUUUUCAAACCACCAAGCGUGAAAGCAUGUUCUAAUACACCCCCCAAAACAAAAUCAAGGCUUUGUAAGAGAGCAUAAUAGGACCCCUUUAAAACAUGCAGGUUAUUAGAAAAAAUGUGACUGAUUCGCACAACAUACAUGUUUGUGAUUGGUAACAAUAUUUAACCAAAAAGAAAACAAACAUUCUAAAUAGAAUGUUGUAGUAGAUGCUUUUCGUAAUUAAUCAUGGCUGACAAAAUCAUAAUCAAAUGUUUUUCAGCCAUAGUUUUAGAGAUAGGUUCUAGGUUUGAAUUGAAGGACUACGCUGAUGAAUGUUUUGAGAAUUAAAUAAGUAUCUUGGAUUAGGGAAUAGUUUUGUGGACUGGUUAGGUUUGCUUAGGUUAAUGAAUGGGCUCAGAGCCAAUUCUUUUGUUUUUAUUGAACUUUCAUGCUCAGAGAAUUCUAUUUUAGAAAGGUCAUAUACAAUAUGCAGUUGUUUUUAUGCUUCUUCUUACAACAUUAAUACAUUUUUUUAGAUAUUAUUUCACUAUUUUUAAUCAGUAUUUGAAAAAUGUAACCUUUUACUCAAAUAUCAAAAAUAGAUUUCUUAGCUCUACCUCGUUUUACUAUUACAGCAUGUGAGUUAAGCAUCAUGAUCAUUUCACACAUUAAAUGGUCUCUGGCAAGGAAGUGAUUUGAAUUUUAUUUUAGUUUUUUUUUUUAGUUUUUUUUUUUACCAUUAAGUGGUCAAUUAAUGCAAAAUUGAGAAUUUAUGCUCCUUUGUAUGUUUCUUUUUUAGUGGAAUUUAAAAGGAGACAUUUAGCAGAGUCUCCAAGCUACUCUUGUCCAUGCUUUUUUUUUUUUUUCAAAUGACUUAACAGCUGGAACAUCAGUCAUAUGGGUUUUGAAUGACAUGAGAAGGACAGAUUUCACUGCUGUUUCAUUUCUAAUUGGUCAGUUUGGUAGACAAAAGCCUACGCUUGGUGUAAAUCAUACCAAAACAUGCAAGAUGGCAUCAUUUACAUUUACAACAGUUGUCUUACAAAACAGUUGAGGUCAAAGGUUUAUUGUUUUACCAAAAUAAGAGGGAUCAUACAAUAUAUACAAAAGUAACAAGAUGAAUGUUAUUUUUAUUUAGUACUGACUUGAAUAAGAUAUUUCGCAUAAAACAUGUUUACAUAUAGUCCACAAGAGAAAAUAAUUUUACAUACAAAGUUUAGAAAGUUUACAUACACUUGAUUCAUGUUCAUGAGUCCUUUGUUUGUCCUAAACCGUUAAACUGCCCACUGUCCAUCAGAAAAAUCAUUUAGCUCCCACAAACUCUGGUUUUUCAGCAUUUUGUGUAUUUGAACCUUUUCCAACAAUGACUGUGUGAUUUUCAUUUUGUAUUGCAACUAUUACAGAAGGUUUAAACACUCACUGAUUCUUCAAAAGGAAAUACAAUGCAUUAAGAGGGGUGAAAACUUUUUGAAUUUGAAGGUCAGGGUACUUCUGGGAAACAUGUAAAUAUCUUCUGUAGCUUCUGAAGGGCAGAACUAAAUGAAAAAAAAAAUAUGAUAUUUAGGCAAAAUAAGAAAAAUGUACACAUCUUCAUUCUGUUCAAAAGUUUUCACCCCCCGGCUCUUAAUGCUUUGUGUUUCCUUUUGAAGCAUUGGUGAGCGUUUGAACCUUCUGUAAUAGUUGCAUAUGAGUCCCUCAGUUGUCCACAGUGUGAAAAGAUGGAUCUCAAAAUCAUACAGUUAUUGUUGAAAAGGUUCAAAUAUAUGGGGUCUGAAGAAAUUUCUAAAGAACAGUGGGCAGUUGAACUGUUUAGGACAAACAAGGGACUCAUGAACAAAGAAAAAAAAAACACAGCUGUGGAUUAUUCAGGUAACAACUAUAUUAAGAAUCAAGUGUAUUUAAACUUUUGAACAGGGUCAUUUUUAUAAACUAUUUUCUCUUGUGGACUAUAUGUAAAUGUCUAUGUGAAAUAUCUUAUCCAGGUCAGUACUAAAUAAAAAAAAAAAAAACAUGCAUUUUGUAUGAUCUCUCUUAUUUUUGGUAAAAUAAUUAACAUUUUGCAGAUUCUGCAAGGUUUAUGUAAACUUUUGACCUCAGCUGUAAGUUUAAAUUAAUUAUUUUUUAAAUGUAUGUAUAAGCACAUUUUUUAAAGUAUAUCUUUAUAUGUGGAAAAAAAAAAAACUUAAGCGAGGUUGUAAAACAGAAUUUUUUGAAUCCAAAUAAGUGGGACAUGUGCAGUAGUUGGCCUGAUCAAAUGUAAUUAUUUACCAUAGAUAACUGUUUACCAUACCCUAAUACACAAGCAGUGUAGCCUGUUGAUCUUAAAGAUUUACUUUAUUUAUUUCUGUCAAAUUUACUUCAGAGCAUUAAUUUGCCUGUGUGCUACCAUUUUCGUGACUUUACUGAACUUUAAUGACCCACUUUUCUUAUGCUCAGAGGGAUGUUGCAUUAGCAUUUUCAGCUCACGUUAACUGUGAUUGUGGUUUGUUCAUUCUGCUUUUUAUUUUUUUUAUUUUUAAUUUUUAAAUGACUAGCUUUCGCCACCCUCAUUCUCUGUUCACCCACAAUACUCAUGCUCAUGCAACACUGCUGAGAUGUCUGCUGCCAUCUUUUAUGGCUGUGUUAGUUUUUGCUUGUGAUUUUUUUUCUAAACAUGGCUUCAUGUUCUGUUUGUUUUCUACUUGUUUUCACACACUCAAUCCCGCCCCUUUCCCCCGCCAGUGAGGGCUGCCGCCGUGAGAAUACCAUGAAGAACGUUGGAUGUCGCAAGUAUGCCUUUAACUGUCUGCAGCUGAAAGCCUUUCCUAAACAUUACAGACCUCCCGAUGGCACUUUCGGAAAAGUGGAAACUUGAAGUGACGACUCAUUGUUAGAGAUAAUACAGUACGGUCAUUAAUUAUGAUGUUCUGCACAUUAGAAAUCCGAGCCUUCUUUAAGCGAAGCUACAGUAAAUCCGCUGAACGCAUAGACUAUUUCAAUUUGCACAGAUAGUUACAUUUCCAGCGCUGGUUUGAAGUGGAAAUGUUGACUGAUUUAUAUCAUUAGCUAUAGACUGCAUAUCUGAUCGGUUCUCUUUCACAAGCUUAAUAUCACCACACAUAUACACACACAUAAUGCUGUAUUUUAUCUUCAAGGCCCUCUGUAGAGCAUAGUGGAGGGUUUAGAAGUUCACACUGUAUUUCAUACUCUAGUCUUGACUAUCAAUAGCAAACUGUAGUGUGUUUAGUUUACGCAAGACCUACUGCAGCAUUACAGUAAUCAGUGUCAUGGCUUGGAGUUGUCACAUAACUCUUCUUGCCUUGUUUAUUCCUCUUGUGUGGUGUUUGUACAUUGAGGCUCCACAAUUUUCAAGUGUCAUUUCCCAUCCUCCCAUAGACCAGCAGAGGAACUGUUGGGAAAUAAACCAGGCCUUUUUUAGAUUAGCGUUAUGUGUUUUAUUCAUUUUUUUUAAACCUUAUACAUUCAGACUGAUCAUGAUUGGUCCAUCCUCUCAGUUGCAUUAAUCUGUCCUUUAUAAAAACGAUGCCCUCUUAAAGUAAAAAGAAUAAACGUCUGACACAUUUCUUCUAAUGGAUCAGCGUAGAAAAUGUUAAAGGCGACGUGAGAUCAGUGUAUCACUGUGUUCAGCUGGCAGCAACCACGUUUGUCUUUUUGUGCUGUACUUCAACAGGAGGUACAUUCAUAAAUAGUAUAUCGAUACAUUGACAGAGAAAUUGACUGUGAAAUGUGAAUCAGUUACAGUUGUGCAAAUUUUUGUUACAAGUUAUUUUGUUGUGCAUAUCACUGUUGUCAUUUCUCGUUUUUGACACUGAUGUUGUUUCAAUUAUUGUAUGUUUAUACAAUGUUAUUUAAGAGAGAUAUGCUCACAGAUUUUUGGAUUGAUCUUGAUUUGUAUUUAUUUCUUUUUAUGGUAAUAACCUUGUAUCUUUUAUGAUGCCCUCUUAGAUAUAUUAUGUCUGUCUAGAACAGAGUUCUGCUGUAUUAAAAUGCUGUCAUCAAUAUCUGAUGCCAUUAAAGAGAGACUAUAAAACCAA